AUGAAGGUGUCAACCCUAAAAACUGUCCUCAUCACCUUGAGUUGUCUCGGACUCUUUCUACUAUGGGGCGUUAUGGCGCUCCAGGGUUCUCUGCAAGCCCUGUUCGAGAUUAAGGACUCGGCCGUCUUCCCCAACGGGCGACGGUUGAAAACGAGUUACACCGGCAUCGGGCCGGUCGACAACUUGCUGUGCAUACUCGUCAUCUUCUUCGACGGCCUGAAUAACCUGGUCGAGCCGGCGCAGUACUUGAUGCUGCUCGAGUUGGUUUCGACGCUCUUUGUCAUCAACAUGAUGACCCUGGUGGAAAGCCGUCGCCCGGUGAAGCCGAGGUGGGCGCGAUCCCCCACACUCUGGCAGUUUCUGUGGAAUUGCGGAGGUGUUGCUGUCUUUCUGCCCAUCUAUUCGCUCCUAUACAUCAAGCAGGGGCCGAACAACUCCGUACCACUACCGGCGCCAGAGGCUCAAGCACUCCCUUUCACGGCCCUGUGGGGCCUGCUUCUCGCUAUUCCCCUGAUGACCCCUGCACUGAUUGAUGCUGCCCCGUUCAGGACCCAGGACGGAGUGGCCCUAUUUUUCCUCGCCAUCCCCGCAUUCUCCGGCUUCCAGUAUCUUGCGAGUUUUGUCAUCUCGAAAAUCAACUACCGGGGGGCGCAAAAGCCGGUCCAACUCGCUUACCGCAUUGUCGGUACCGUCAGUGGCCUGGUCCAUGUGGGAAUCGUUACCUACGCUUUGACCUCGGAUGCCGCAAAUACGUCUUUGUUCAAGAUCUUUAUCCUUAAUCAUAGCGCUGUUCAGAACGAUUCGGACAUCAUGACUCAAGCAGCCUUGCUGUUCAUCCAGUCCGACUACGUCAUCAUAACCGUUGUCGUCGUCCUUCUUGGUAUCUAUACAUGGUAUCCGGAGCCAGUGUCGGGCGGCAAGGCCACGGCUGACGGUCAAGGUGCAGCUGGCUCCCUAAUAAAGCUAGUGGGAGUCAUGUCGACUCUCGGAGCUGGUGCUGGAUUGGCCUUUGUACUCCACGACAAGGAAGGCCGGAAGGCGCCUACACGCAGCAGCAAGAAACGAUUGCAUUAA